AGCUCAUAAAAAUUGUUGAAAACAUGUAAAUUAAAAUAUAUUUCUUUCCAGUUAAAGAAUAUUUCUUUGAGAAAUACGGAAUACCUGGGGUUAUCGGUUGUGUUGAUGGAACACACGUUCGUAUUAAGUCGCCCGGAAGUAACAACCACCAUUUAUACCUCAACCGCAAGGGUUUUUACAGUUUUAAUGUAAUGGCGAUAUGGGAUCACAACAUGGUAAUCACAUUUGUUAACGCUAGGCAUCCAGGGGCGAAUCAUGAUUCAUUUGUUUGGAAUGUGAGUCACGCAGAACAGGAGCUAAAAUCUGAUUCUAACAAUGGAAAAACCAACACAUGGCUACUCGGUGAUUCUUGUUACCCCUUGCAGCCAUACUUGAUGACGCCAUUCAGAAGCGCAGCCGAUGAAAUGCAACGAAUUUACAACACAAAGCACUCGAAAGCUCGUAAUGUAAUUGAGAGAUGUUUCGGUGAAAAACCGAUUUCGAUGUAUAAUUGGCUCGAGAGGGCUACACUAUUCACCAGAAAAAGUUACACAAAUUGUAAAUGUGUGCUGUGCUAUUCAUAACGUUUGCAUAUUUUUCAAACAUCAAAUUCCAUUGGAGAGCCCAGAUAUGGAGAAUCUUGUUAGUUACGAAGAAGAAUUUGAAAACAGUAACAUUUCGAAUACAGCUGCCCUUAUUAGAAUGAGAAUAGCAGAGAGUUUGUUAUAAACGCAGUUUUAUUAUAAAGUAUGUGUGUCUAGAUUUCAGGUACACCAGCAAAAUUCCAUUGCCUUAAAAUUAAUAAAAUAUUUACAUAAAAAUUCAACAAAAUAUCUUUUCAGUCUUAAAUCCUAAAUCUACAUAUAAACUAAGUAAAUGCAACAAAAUAUCAAUUCACACUUAAAUCUAAAAAAUAUUUACACAAAAAAAAAA